CCAGUAUCCCAGUACUCCCACUCUCCCCAGUACCCCAGUACUCCCACUCUCCCCAGUACCCCAACCCUCCCACUCUCCCCAGUACCCCAACCCUCCCACUUUCCCCAGUACCCCAGUGCGUAAAGAGGAGGCGCUCACACAGCGACAGGUCACAGGGACACUCGCUGGCCGGCCCACCCACCACCAUCUCUGCGCCGGCCCCAGGCUGGGAGACGUCACCCCCGAGCAUCAGGAGGACCCGGAGACCCUGCUGGUCUUGCAAAGGGCCAAUAUCGUGGCCCAGUACCAUCAGGGUCUCCGCAGGACCUGUCACUGUGGAAGGCACCGACCACCAGGGCUUUCUGCCGGACAAGGAGCUGCCCAGCCCCAGCCCCCCCGAGGCCAAGAAACUCCACCAGGAGACCCGGCGCGCGGACAAAUGGAUAAAAAUGCUCAAGCGAUGGGACCACUACCUCCCCAGCGAGAAGCUGCAGUGCCGGGUCUACAAGAGGGUCCCGCCCCAGGUGCGGGGACAGGUGUGGCUGCGAUUGCUGAACAUUGACCAGGUUAAGGCCAGGAAUGCCGGGAAAUACCAGGAAAUGAAGGAGGCGGCCCUGGUGUCCUCCCGGGACAUCAUGCAGAUCGACCUGGACAUCAACUGGACGUUCCGCAGUCACAGCAUGUUCUGGGACCGCUACGGGGUCAGGCAGCGAGCCCUGUUCCACGUGCUGGCGGCCUACUCGGUGUACGACACCGAGGAGGGCUACUGCCAGGGCACGAGCGAGAUCGCGGCCAUCGUCCUCAUGUUCCUGCCCGAGGAGGACGCCUCCUGGGCGCUGGCCCAGCUGAUGACCGACGACAGGCACGCCAUGCACGGCUUCUUCGUCCCAGGCUUCCAGAAGCUCCUCAGGUUCCAGGCUCAUCAUGAGCGCGUCCUCGAAAGAGCUCUCCCCGACCUGAGGAAGCACAUGGACGAGGAGCAGAUGUCCACCGGCAUCUACACCCCAAAGUGGUUCCUGCAGUGCUUCCUCGGCCGGAUCCCCUUCUCGCUCACCCUGAAGCUCUGGGAUGCGUAUAUACUGGAUGGGGCGCGGGUGCUCACGGCCACAGGAAGCGCCUCCUGAAGCUGCCCCUGGAAGGGCUCCGGGAGUUCCUGCAGGACUCACUGGCCCAGCCCUGGGCCCUGGAGGACGAGGCGGUGCUCAGACGCCUUCGGGCCUCCAUGACCCAGCUCCGGAGGAUGCGGUGUGACCUGCCCCCCCAGGACCUGAGGAGUUCCCCACGAGGCCCCUGGGCCUGGAGCAAGUGUCCCCGGUGUCCGGGCCUCUCCUCUCUUCUCCGGCCUCUGAGACACCCCCCAGGGUGGAGGAGCCGGCCUCCCCGGGCCCAGCCACCCAGCCUGAGCCGCCCGGACCCCCUCCCGGCCAGGCCAUCGUCCAACAUCCCCCCCAGCGAUGGAACUCCCUCCCCAUCCUCCCAGUGCAACAAGACGGUGCAGGCAAGUGGCCCCCAGACAUGGUGGGCUUGAAGUAAAAAAACGGGGUCCCCUUCCCUUCGGCACCUGCUUGGGCCACCCCAGAGGCCCCGCGACGGACCAGGCCCUGGAGCACCCCCGGGACUCCCAUCACGAGGUACCCCCAGCCCCCGAGGGACAACGCUGUCGGGCCCAGGACACCCUUCCUGCCCCGUGGCCACUGCGGCUCGUGCCCCUCGCUGGGCAGUGACGGGCACAGCCAGGGCAGAGCCAGGGCGGCGCUGAGCCCGCUGCCCCGAAGCCCUGCAUAGGCCCAGGACCCUCUGCCCUCCCCGUCCACGGGGCAGCUCGAUGCUCGCGGGCCUCAGGGGCAGAGCGUGGCGGUGAGUGCGGGGGCCUGGAGGCUCUGGCCCGCCGUCACCGUGCCCUGCCUCGUCUCACUGUCCCUCCCGGAGGGCGGCACCCCCCGCACAGGACACCAGCCCCUGACCCAGAGGGACCUGGGCUGGCCUGGCCCCGGACUCUGUGGGGGCAGGGGCGACUCUGCCAGGCCCAGCACGAAGAGGCAUGCAUUCUGGCCCCGGGCUGAGCGAGUCCUCUCACAGCCAGAUGUGGCCUCCUGGGCCCUGGGCGUGCCCCACAGAUCCAGGUCGCUGACCUAGGGCAGCCCUGGGGAUCCCAGGACACCCCAGGGCAGGGCAGCAGGGGCAGGCCCGUGGGCCCCACCCGCAUCCACACCAGGAGGCAGGCUCCUCCACGUGCUGGGGCUCCAGCAGUCAGUACCCGGCCCCAGGGGGCCCGAGGCUGGGGUCCAGCUGCCCUGCGGGGACCCAGCGCAGGAGCCCAUCGGCCGCAGGUCCAGGUCAGCCCUGCUGUCCCCAGAACCGCCUCUCAACGCCCCAACCUCAGGACACGCGCCCCCAUCCGGAGUCCACACAGGCUCCCAGGUGGGGGACUCCAGCACCCGCACCCCUGUGGGAUUCCCGCUUUCCUCUAAGGACAGGAAGGUCUCCCAGGGGAAGGCGCGCACCCUCGGCUCUGAGCCCCUGUUUGCUGUUCCAAGUUCAAUAAAGUGUUGUGUGAAAAUGCA